GGCAUGAUGAAUUGCACACUGGCCUGGCAUGGUUGUGGCACUAAAACAAAACAUGAGAUGCUUUGCCACCACAUCAUCUUCUUCUUUACCACCACAACAGCCACUGCAUGUCAUGUUGACAUGUUGUGCAACUUACUUCUUGAUUGUAGGAGUCACCAGUGGAUGGACAAAGCAAGCACAGAAAGAGUCCCACAAGUCAAGAAGCUGAUGAGUCUUUUGAAAUGGAAAAAGAUCGUAAAGAUAAAAAGAGGGAACACUGUUGAAACCUAUGACCCAGAACUUUCCAAAAGAAGAAAAAGUGAGGAUCAUUAUCUAGCUUCACGCAAACAAAAUGGGGAAGCCAAUGGAUCCUCCAAAAUGUAUGCAGAGAGAGAUUAUAAAGAGAAAUCUAAACAACAGAGUCACUCCUCUAAGAGCAAGGAACAGUUUAAUGAAACAGAUGGAUCUCCAAAACUGAAGAUGAAAGAAAAGAGAGACAAAUCAUAUCCUUGAUCUAGGGACUGAGACUUGAUUAUGUAGUCAGCUGGGGCUUAAUUAUUUAGUCUUUAUGGUUCAAAACAGUUCAACUUAUGGACCAAGGUGUUGAGUUGAUCGUUUCACUUGUUCAAUUGAAAUCCUAUCCAGUCCUAGUUCAAAGUCUUAGUGUUAGUGGCAAGCAUUGCUUCCAGUCCUGUGGGAUCUACUGGAAGUGAACUCUAAAAUAUGACCAUUGUUGCUGUACACACAGAUUUCAUGUAUUUAUGUUUGCUUCAAAUUAAGGGUCUAAGUGACCUUGGUUGACUAUGUUGAUCAUUGAAUAAAUGGACUGACAUGUCCGCAGAUUAUA